CGACCCCCAUGGCCUCCGUCGCCCCGGGCGUGGCGUCGGGCCCCCUGCCCUUCUUCCAGUUCCGGCCGCGGCUGGAGACCGUGGACUGGCGGCGCCUGAACGCCAUCGACGUGGACAGGGUGGCGAGAGCCGUGGACGUGCUGACGCUGCAGGAGAACAUCAUGAACAUCACCUUCUGCAAGCUGGAGGACGAGAAGUGCCGCCACUGCCAGUCGGGGGUGGACCCGGUGCUGCUGAAGCUCAUCCGCCUGGCGCAGUUCACCAUCGAGUACCUGCUGCACUCGCAGGAGUUCCUCACCUCGCAGCUGCGCGCCCUGGAGGAGCGGCUGCGUCUGAGCCUCAGCGACGCCGAGCAGGGCCAGAAGCUGCUCUCCCAGCAGGCGGAGGAGCUGAAGCUGCUCAAGGAAGAGUGCAAACGCAGGAGGAAGAUGAUCUCCACCCAGCAAAUGAUGAUGGGCGCCAGAGCCAGCUAUUACCAGUGCCAUUUUUGUGAUAAGGCCUUCAUGAACCAAGGUUUUCUGCAAAGUCACAUUCAACGCCGCCACACUGAAGAUUCUCACCUUGCUGAGUAUGGGAAAAAGGCUCAGACCGAUAAGCUCCAGAGUGAGGUGGACGUGUUGAAGGAUCAGCUGCAGCUCACCAAGUCUCAGCUAGAGGCUGCACAGCACACCCUUGCGGUCAGAUUCUCUCAGGAGUAUGAGAUGCAGAAAACAAAAGAGGAAGAGUUUUUGAAGUUAUUUGAUAGAUGGAAAAAAGAAGAAAAGGAGAAACUAACUGAUGAAAUUGAGAAAAUCAAGGAGAUGCUGGGGAAGGAGUUUAAAGAAUUAACUUCCAAGAAUUCAGCAUUAGAAUAUCAAUUGUCAGAAAUCCAGAAGUGCAGUAUGCAGGUGAAGUCCAACAUAGGCACAUUAGAAGACGCCCACGAGUUUACAGAAGACCGUCCCUCGCAGAAUGUGGUGCAGCUCCUUCAUAACCAGGAAAGCAAGUGGACAGCUCAAAUUCAAGUUCUUCAUCAAGAACACAGGAAAGAGAAGGAUCGGCUCCUGUCACAUAUAGAGAAACUCCGAACCUCAGUGACAGAUGAUCUAAGUACAAGAGAUUCCUACAAGAAAAGAAUAGAUGAGCUGGAACAGAGAGUCCAGGAGCAGAAUGAGCUGAUUAAAACUCAGAGACAGCAGAUUGAAGAUUUUACCAGUAAACAAUCAUUAAACACUGUCCGUGAACCCAAAGGGACUCGUUUAGCCUGGCAAACUUUUGAAUCUAAGCCAGCUGCCCCAGCUGUACCUAUUAAUGCUCCAGCCCCGCAGACUUUGGAAGCUAAAUCAAGUCUAACUAUGGCACAUGAACAGACAUUCUCGUCGCAUAUACUGGAACCAAUAGAAGAACUUUCAGAGGAAGAAAAAGGAUGUCACUCUGUUGCCCAGGCUGGAGUACAGUGGUGUGGUCCUAGCUCACCGCAGCCGCGGAUCCUGGCUCACCACAGCUUUCAUCUCCUGGAUUCAAAUGAUCCUUCCACCUCAGCUUCCCAAGUAGCUGGGACUACAGGAAGAGAAAAUGAACAGAAAUUAAAAAACAACAAAACGCAUUUAAGGAAAGCUUUGAAGCAUGACCCCUUCCUCACUAAAGGAAUAAGAACAAUGGUGGAACAGAACUUGGUGGAGAAACUGGAAAGCCUAGGCAUUGAUGCAGAUACACGCAGUAUUCCAAGUGAUCAUUUGCUUAAAGUGCUGAAAACUAUGGAAUCAGCAAGACAAGAGCAAGAAAGACAAAUACCUAACAUACAGCAAAUUCGAGAAUUCCUUGAACACCAGGUCAGCUGCAAAAUUGAGGAAAAAGCAUUACUCUCUUCAGAUCAUAAAGGCAAUGGAGGACUCACAAGUGACAUUAUUAUUCCAGAUAAGCAGAGUGUUUCUCAAAUGGAUACCCUUUCAACUGGAGAAGUACCCCAAGUGAUACAAUUUCCUCCCAAAAGCAGACAAUUGAUGAGACAAAAACCUGUUUUUACUGAUAGAACAUCUGUUCCAAAAAGUAAGAAAAGUGUCAUGGAGGAUCAUUUUCCCAGAAAGUCUUCAACUAUCACGACCCCUCCCUUUAGUUCAGAGGAAGAGCAGGAGGAGGGCGACUUAUUCCAGGUAUACACAUCCCCAGACCUACAUCCUGUGCAGCCGUCUAAAAGUGACAAGAGUAGCUUUGGAAAGAACACAGUCAAAAGUGACACGGAUUGGACCGAUGGAAGCGAAAUCGAAGACUUCAGUGCUUCUCCCAUGCCCACAGGAACCUCCAUUAAAACGCGAACUGAGAAAGUUGAAAAGAUGGUUUCACAUCACAGAAAUGUGACUAAACCAGUUGGUGGGAUUAAUGUUGCUGAGAUGUUUAUCAAAAAGGAAACAUUACAAGAAGAACUAAAGUGCAUAGAUGUGGAUGAUGAAGACUGGGACAUAUCAUCCUUAGAGGAAGAAAAACCUUUGGGGAGAAAAACCGAGAAAGAACAGAAAGAAGCACCACCCAUGAAGAAUGAACCAAAUCCUAACCAAGUGCCAAAUGCCUGGGUUGUGUUUAAUCCUAAAUGGCCCAAGAGAGAAGGACUUCAAGAAAAUGAAUCAAGCACAUUAAAAAGCAGCCUAGUAACUGUGACUGAUUGGAGUGACUCUUCAGAUGUGUAAUUCCACGUGUCAGAAGAUUCUUCCAGAAGCCAACAUUAUUUCAGUCCCCUGCUACAGGAUUCCAGUGCUCCAGCCUUACAAUGUUUCCCCCAAUAACAAGGAAGCGGAUUCAAAGAACAAGGCUCUCUUUAAUGACACCCAAUUCAGUACUGGAAGACAAACUGUCAACAGUAUUUUCAGACGUAGAAAGGUGUUUAAGACGUCUGCUGCUUUAAGAUCACCUGUCAUUGAAGUCAUAAAAUGUUUUUUUUUUUCAGAAUGGUACUCUAGUGUUAAGUGUAUUUUUUUCA